AUGCGACCCUUCUUCGAUUCUGACAUUGUAGUAAAUUUUACUCUUUCAGAAGAAGCAGUGCAAAAUGAGAAGAAAAUUGUUGAAAAUAAUAGAAGGGUUUUGCGGACGUGUCAGAAGGAAAAACUAAUAACGGAGGGGAAAAAGAAUUGGGAUAAGUUUUAUCAUCAUUAUAAAACCAAUUUUUUUAAAGAUAGAAAGUGGAUAAAAAUCGAAUUUGAUCAUAUUUUUAAGGAAGAAACGUUGGUGAAUGAGAAGAUUGAUGAAGAAAUAAAAGACAGAGAAAUUGAAGCAACACGAGGGAAAAAACUAGUACUAGAAUUCGGAUGUGGGGUUGGAAACACGCUAAUCCCGCUUCUGAUCGAAUACGAACAUUUGAAUUGUAUAGGCAUAGACUUUUCAAAAAAUGCUAUAAAUCUUCUGAAUGAAAAAUGGAACAAAAUUAUGAAUUGGAAUAAUACAAUGAAGGAAAAACAGGGCGUUGGGGCAACUGAACCAGCAGGUGAUGAUUCAGUUGAAGGCGUAAGUGGCCAGAUGAAUCACGUCAAUGUAGAGAAGUAUUCGCAAAAGCACAAAGACAUUUGCAAUGUGAUUGAUAAUUCCAACAAUCAUGAUGAGGAAGAAGAGGCUGAAUCAGAAGAAGGAGGGGAAGACGCAGGGACUGAAGCAGGGGAAGAAGCAGAGACAUGUAUGUUAUCCCAUAUUUUCGAAUUUAAAGAUUAUAAAAAAAUGGGAAGUUUAAUAAAAACGUGUGUAGCUGAUAUAACAACGCGCGAUCAGACAACCACAAACAUUUGCAAUUUAGGGACGGUUGAUAUCGUUUUGCUUAUUUAUGUAUUGUCUUCUGUGCAACCGGAGAAAAUGAAAAAUGUUAUUUCCCAUGCACACAUGUAUUUGAAAAAAGGAGGUUAUGUUUUGUUACGAGAUUAUGGAUUGUACGAUUUAACACAAGUAAGAUUUGCAAACAAAAAGGAAAAAAAAAUAUCCGAAAAUUUUUAUGUCCGAGGUGAUAAAACAUUCGUGUACUUUUUCAAAACCGAAGAACUCCGGGAACUUUUUUGUGAAAAUGAUUUAUUUGAAGAAGUACAAAAUAAGUAUAUAACAAGAAUUGUUAAAAAUAGAAAAAGAAACUUGGAGAUGAAACGAAUUUGGGUACAGUCUAUUUUUAGGAAGCGGUAA